CAUGCUGGAAAUCAAGGCCCACUCCCAUGUUUCCGGCGGCAACGUUACCGGUGGUGAAUGUCAGGGGACUUUGUAAGUCGAGGGCGGAAGGAUGGGUUUCUGCAGGCGUCUGAGGUUGACCUAGCCUUGAAUGGAAGAAUCAAAUCUCUGCUCUGGAGGUUGAAUCUGGUGGUGGUCGGGGAGCGAGAUCCCGUAGUAGGAGUGUGUCGCGGGGAUAUAAGACGUUUGAUAUCCUCCAUCGAUUAUAGUACAACCGAGAUCAGAUCGACACCAGGUUUACUGAACACUCUCGACUCGAACCGCGAUCUGCACCUUCACCAUGGUAUCCUUGUCACUUAGAAAAGCAGCAUUGGCUGCCAUAUCCUUAUGGACGCUUGCCACUCAAGCAUCCCCGCUGCCCUCCUCCGAAACAGAGAUCCAAGCUCGGCAGUCAUCUGGUUACAAGAACAUCGUGUACUUCACCAACUGGGGAAUCUAUGGCCGCAACUACCAACCCGACCAGCUGCCUGCGUCUCAGCUCACACACGUCCUCUACUCCUUCGCCAACCUCCGCUCCACCGGGGAGGUGUUCUUGUCUGACACCUACGCCGACCUAGAGAAGCACUACGCGAAUGACUCAUGGAAUGACGUCGGCAACAACGUCUACGGCUGCACCAAGCAGCUCUUCCUCCUCAAGAAGUCCCACCGCCAGCUCAAGACGCUCCUCUCCAUCGGCGGCUGGACCUACUCGGCCACCUUCCCCGCCGCAGCGAGCACCGCCUCGGGCCGCGCCCUCUUCGCCUCCUCCUCGGUCCGCCUCCUCGCCGACAUGGGCUUCGACGGCCUCGACAUCGACUGGGAAUACCCGACCAACCCGACCGAAGCGGCCAACUUCGUCCUCCUCCUCAAGGAAGUCCGCUCCGCGCUCGACGCCUACGCCGCCCAGCACGCACCGGGCUACCACUUCCUGCUGACCAUCGCCUCGCCCGCGGGCCCCACCAACUACGCGCACCUCCCGCUCGCCGACAUCGCGGGGGUCAUCGACUUCUUCAACCUGAUGGCGUACGACUACGCCGGGUCGUGGUCGACCGUCUCGGCGCACCAGGCCAACCUGUACCCGCUCACGCCCAACACCACCACGCCCUUCUCGACCGACGCCGCCGUCGCCGACUACCUGGCCGCGGGCGUUCCCGCCGCGCAGCUGGUGCUGGGCAUGCCCAUCUACGGGCGCGGCUUCACGGCCACGGACGGCAUCGGCCAGAGCUACACGGGCGUCGGGCAGGGCAGUUGGGAGGCGGGGGUGUGGGACUACAAGGCGUUGCCUAAGCCGGGGGCGGAGGUGGUGUACGAUGAGGCAGCCGGGGCGACGUAUAGUUAUGAUAAGACGGGCAGGGAGCUGGUGAGCUUUGAUACGGUGGAGAUGGUGCAGAGGAAGGUGGGGUAUCUGAAGGGGAAGGGCAUGGGUGGGAGUAUGUUCUGGGAGGCGUCGGCGGAUCGGGUGGGGGAUGGGAGCCUGAUUGGGGCGAGUUUUGGGGCGCUUGGGGGAGUGGACAAGGGGGAGAAUUUGUUGAAGUUUCCGGAUAGUAAGUAUGAUAACCUGAGGGCUGGGUUUGAGUGAGGUGUGGUCUGGGAGGGUGAGAGAGGGUCAACGGCGCCGAGGGGAGGCAGUUUGCAUCAUUUGGGGGCGGGGUGGCUAUAUUCGUUCGUUUGCACAUACUUUUCUGUAUUUCCUUUUAGUGGGCUUCGCUUCAUUCACUCUUUCAUUCUCUAGGGAUCCUAGGUAGGCAAGGGGGAUGGGGCCGGGUUGGGGGUGGAGGAGUGGUGAGCAGGAUCAUGGAUCCAUAGUAUCUAUG